GAAGAAGCGGAAAGACGGAAGUGUUGUCAUGGCGUUUCACAUGUAACUCAAUGAUCAAUGAUUCACAUUUUCUCAAAUCACUGAGGUUUUAAGUUUGAAGCGAUUUAAGAGGCUCUCCUACUACCAGGACCAACACGAUGAGUACUCAAUACAGCAUUCUGUUCAAGCAGGAACACGCACACGACGAUGCCAUCUGGACGGCAGCGUGGGGCAGAAGUGAGGCGGACGCCUCAGAAACCAUCGUCACGGGUUCACUAGAUGACAUGGUGAAAGUCUGGAAGUGGUCGGAUGAGAAGCUGGAGCUGCAGUGGACCCUGGAGGGUCACCAGCUCGGCGUGGUGUCGGUGGACAUCAGUCACAACGGCGCCAUCGCUGCCUCCAGCUCCCUGGACGCACACAUCCGUCUCUGGGACCUGGAGUCUGGGAAACAGAUCAAGUCCAUGGACGCAGGACCAGUCGAUGCGUGGACAGUUGCCUUCUCCCCAGACUCAAAGCACAUCGCCACAGGAAGCCACCUUGGCAAGGUCAACAUCUUCGGUGUGGAAAGCGGCAAGAAGGAGUAUUCUCUGGACACUCGAGGGAAGUUCAUCCUGAGUAUCGCUUACAGCCCGGAUGGAAAGUAUCUGGCCAGUGGAGCCAUCGAUGGAAUCAUCAACAUCUUUGACAUCGCCACCGGAAAACUCCUCCACACGCUGGAAGGUCACGCCAUGCCCAUCAGAUCCCUCACCUUCUCCCCCGACUCCCAGCUGCUGGUCACGGCGUCCGACGACGGCUACAUCAAGAUAUACGACGUCCAACACGCCAACCUGGCGGCCACCCUGAGCGGACACGGAUCCUGGGUCGUCAACGUGGCCUUCUCCCCCGACAACACCCACUUCGUCUCAAGCUCGUCUGACAAGAGCGUGAAGGUGUGGGACGCCAGCUCCAGGGCUUGUAUCAACACCUUCUUCGAUCAUCAAGACCAGGUGUGGAGCGUCAAAUACAACAGCACCGGCUCCAAGAUCAUCUCGGCGGGCGACGACCGCGCCAUCCACAUCUACGACUGCCCCAUGUGAUGAAGGCCCGGCCGCAGGACGACGUCUGGACAGCGACGGAUUCCAAUCAUGGAUUUGAACUUGGCCGUUUCAGUAGGGACGUGCAGGACUCUCCCUGUAAAUGUGCUGGAUUGUUUUGCUCUGCGCAUGGUCAAAUAAAAGGUUUGGGUUUGGUCUUUUUUAAUGACGUUGUAUCUUGUAACUCAUUCCCUCAGCUUAUGUCAGAUGCGUCAUGUGUCUGGUUGUAAGCCUUUCCAACGGCGUAUGGAGGCAGUUUCUUCUGUGUACGUUGGUACUGACCUUUGGAUUUAAAGUUGAAUCCGCAGAAACCGAACCAAUUUGAAAUGAAGAGGAAAAUAACUGGCCAUCUGAUAUCCAAAGAUUAUCAGUUGAAUCCAAAAAUGCAUCUAAUGAAGCUUGAUUUUUUUUUUUUUUUUUUUAAAUGACAGUGAUGACAGCUACCAGCUUUUCCCCAUCAUUAUUUACUUUAACCUGCAAUCUCAUGUGAUAACAGUUUUGCUUUAACAUAAUAAAAAUAAGUUAAAAUGCAUCAGGGGCGUCAAUUGGGUCUGAAGGUACGGCAGCCGCCACACCUCGGCUUCAAGGGAAAAUGUAAAUGUUUGUUUUUUAAAUGCAUUUAUGGAAUUACUCUGUGUCUAUUUGUAUUGAUUAUUCUAUUACUUAAUACAUAUAGAAUAACUACAAAUGCAAAUCAGA